UCCAGGGGAAGGAUGUUGCACAGUGCGACUCCUCACCUCGCGAAUGUCAAAAAUUUCAAAUAGUUCAAAAGUGAGAACUGUGUUCACUGCUUUCGCGGAUGUGUGCCCGACAGCUAACAGAAAGACUUUUCAAGUGUUGUGUGUUUAAAAUUUUAGGGAUAAUGAUUUAAAUAGACGGAAUAGGAUUAAAUCUAGUCGGUGUUAGGCAGUGCGGUGUGUUUGAUUGCAGGCCGUGCGGUCUCAUUCAGGCGGCGUAUAACCUUGACACGAUUUCCCGCGCUGGCGUCCCAUGUUUUUCAUUGCACUCUCACUUGACUUUUACCCCUAAAGUGUUCUCUCUUACUAAUUAGCAAAGCCCUAUUAGUGUUCUCUUAGCGACAAACUUAGUAUAAAAAGAAAUUAGUUUCUCGAGUAAAUUAUAAGUAGUUAUGUUCAGUGGACGCCAUGGCUGAAGUUAGGAGAUAUUAUGUAAUUUCCCGUAAAGUUUGAAUAUUAAUAGGCCGUAAAAUUAAAAAAGUUUGAAGAUGAAUCUCUUGUGACCGCUCAGUGAUAACAUCUCUGGCGCUUCAAGAUGAAAAUUUCAAAAGGCAUCAGCAGCACCCUAAUAGAAAUUGGUAUCAUCCUAGCUACUAUCACUAAACUGAAUGGCGACAUCGUCACCAACGUCCCAAAUACAGAAAGUAAUGAGAUUUACCAAAGAGACCGCCCCAAAGACAUCCUGGAACCUGAACUGCUUCCAGUACUUCAUGGAAAUGACACCAGGUGUCGUAUAUCGGAGUACCUCUGCGCUAAUAAGAAAUGCGUGCCUAUAAACAGAUUCUGUGAUGGCACAAAUGAUUGUGGAGACUCUUCGGACGAACCUAGACAUUGCACACGUUGCAACAGGACGUACUAUGGUGACAUCGGCCGAACCUAUGAAUUGGAGCUUCAUCGACCCAGAGAAGACCUGGUGCCUUACGUGUGCCUGAUCACCAUCUCCGCUCCUGGAGGGAUCCAUGGAGAUUUGAUCCAGGUCCUCUUCGACAGUUUCACCCUUGGCCGCUUCACGUCUUUCACCGAAGACGGGUGCCCAGAAGGCUACAUGCAAAUUCAGGAGGCCAGUCGUCCACAAGUGGGAGGCUCCUGGUGCGGCACAUCAUGGGGCCCUUCCAUGUACUACAGUGAAACGAAAUCCAUUACCCUCAUCAUACGUCUUCUGCAUCUGUCCAAAGAACAGAAUAACUAUAAUUUCGAUUUCCGAAUGGCGUAUAAGGUUUUGCGAAGGGAAUAUGCAACGGUUCGAUAUGGCGGCACCCCACCUUCCGAACGUCCUUUCUUCAAGCUGAGACCGCCUUUACCUUAUCCCGUAAACAUGUCACGCGGAGAAGACACAGUUCUCAAGCCUAAAACCGGGGAGUAUUACCUUGGGGACCUCAUAUCCGGGACUUACUGCUCGCGGAUCUUCAGCGACUGCGACCGUAAAAACUGUAGGCUACAAUCACCGAAUUUCCCCGGUGUUUAUCCGAGAAAUUUGACGUGUUACUACGCCGUGCGUCAACAUGAGGUCCCUCAAGGGAAGCACGCGUUAAUCGUGGUCAAACAACCGAAUGGUCAACUAGUUUCGAUCAGAAGUCAGAAGGCGUUGUACUCUGCCCAACAAGAGAGAGGGAAUAAUGGGAGAGAACUAAAAUUCUGGCAGCAAUGUGAUGAAGUGCAGGAUUAUGUAACAGUUUAUGAUGGUUAUACGACAAGGGACCCGGUAAUAUUGAGGUUCUGUGGCGGCGGCGUGUCGGUGCCUGAGGCGAUAUCGAGUGGGCCUGAGCUGUUGGUGGAAUUCACCACAUCUCCGUUCGGGACGUUUCUGCAGCCAGCUUCUGCGCAGUCGUUGCAUGGAUUUCAGUUGGAAGUGGAGGUCAGGUUUGUGGAUCAGCAGUCUCCGACAUAUGCGAAAAACAAAAGGGCCUGUGAAUUUUGGAUACGAGGGACAGGCAGGGGGGUUUUGGAGCACCCCCAACAUUCCUUGCCCCCUAAUACGACGUGUCUUUAUCAUAUGCAAGGAAUCGAUACCUCAGGACCAUCGGGAAGGAACAUCAUAUACAGAAGGACUUCAUUCUCAGCUCCCCGGUUCAGAGUGUGGUUUUCUGUCCUAAAAUUCUACGUGACAAAUGCUUUGAAUCCGAAUCUACCAGAAGACGAGUACUGCGGCAGCCAUCUGAAUAUAUGGGACGGCCCGAUGAGGAUUUCACCCGGGUGCAGCGAUAUUUUUUGUGACAAAGAAAGAUCAGUACAAAUGUCGCGAGCGACUUCCCCUCAAUCGGUCAUUGUUGGGCGACCGCCGACAAACGCAACGUUAGUCGCGCGAUUUUGUCGCGAGCGUGCGCCCCGCACGUGUGAACACGCCUUGCUGAGGAAGUCUAGAGCGUGCGCGCGUACCGAAAGUUUUCUGUCCAAGGGCGAUUCUUUGACUCUUGAACUGAAGCUGACGCAAGGGACUGCAUUGAAGCCGAUUUUCUUCAAAGCACUAUACGAGUUCGUAGAUUUGCAUCAAGAUGGCGAGCCCUGGGGGCGGGGGCUUUGCUCCAGAAGGUUCGCAUCACGAUCCUUCCCCGAAGCCCCACCAGAUCCACCGGUCACCUUUUCAUCACCGAGAGAUGUGUUUCUGUACGGCAGAGGUGGUUCGAGAAACAUCAGCUGCACCUACCGUUUCGAAGCUAACCCAGGCGAAGUGGUACGUCUACGAGUGUGGGGUGUGAGGAGUGGCGGCCGUCUAUGUCGCUCCGUCCACUCCGCCCACUCAUCCUGGUACCGAUGUGCUGGUGACCCUACUGCUGCUGUUAGAGUCUUCGAUAGACCUUGGAAGAACACUGGACCUGGGGUGCCACGAGACUGUCUUUGCAGUGACUUAGUAGACUACGAGUUCACAUCGACAGGCACAGUUGCAGAACUCAAGUUUGACGUGGUGAACAUGACUGCAAUGGACGACUUCCGUUCCUUCGGCUUCGAGGCUUCGGUGGAGUUCGUGCGACUGGAGACACAAUGCGAGAGCUCACAUAGGGUGUUUGGACCAAGUGGAAAUUUGAAACUCUACUCCGUUCCGCAUGGAAGUGAACAAAGUCGUUGCGAACAUCGCCCCUGGCUAAUUGACCCCUCCCCAGGGCGCUAUCUCUACCUCCAGAUCCGAGGUCGCAUCAUCAAGGAGCCCACCCUUGACAACUUCACCCUCCUCAACAACAUCACUGUAGCUCCCGACUUGAGGCAUCUGUGCAGAACUCAGAACCGCAUCGCUGUGUACGCUGGUGGAUUAUCUCCGAUUUUCAUAUGCCCUGAUCCGCCGGAUGAUCAGUACGAAGAAACGGUAGAAAUAUUCUCAGACGGGUGGUCCAAGGAGGUGGACCACUUAGCCCGUCACGUGUUGGCCCCGCCGCCUUCACCUGACAGAUUUGACCUGGAUUGGCCCAGGUCACUGUCUGUGGAGCUGAUUGCGGUCGAAAGUGGUUCCUACUUCGUGUCGUGGUUGGAACUUUCUAGAAGACAUGCAAGUGAAAGGGGCGGAGUCUUUGCCUUGUCAGGGGACUGCGAAUACCGCUGUUCUUCAUUAGACGCCUGCAUCGCAGCGGACCUGUGGUGUGACGGCAUCGCCCAGUGCCCGAACGGAGAGGACGAGAGACUGGCGCAGUGUUCCGCUUUGCUUCGGGUGCCAGCUCAUUAUGCGGCCGCCAUGCUGGCGUUCUCUAUUCUUGCAGCGUUUGCCGUGAUAGCGGCAGCCCGGUCAUGCCGGCGGCGUCGCUCGGCGCUGCAGCAGCGGCUUAAAAGCCUCUCCUCGGACACUGCCAUCUUCGACGAGAAAGAAGUGAUUUGCUGACCAAGCGAGGACUCUGUGCGAUACGUGGAGAUCGACCGCGUCACCACCGUGUGAUGCUUCCACGCGCAGAGUCCACACUUCAAAUCCUCAUUAGUCUUUUGACAGGGAAUCUUUUUCCCUGUGUUGGCUGACGUAUUCGAAGUCACUUCUAAUCAUGUUCGGCCAUAUCUUGCAGACUGUUUGAAGUCGUUAGGUAGGAGACAGAUUUUGGCAUUGAAUUUUAUAAUUUUUGGUUUAGAGAUAAUUUAAUAGAUUAAGAUAGGUUCUUCUGAUGAAUUGUCUUAAUUUUCUUUUUAGCGCUAGAUUAUCUUCAUAAAUUAUUUUUAUGAUUUUAUGUUCCUUAAAAUGUGCAAUCGUACAUGACAUAAAGUAAUACAUCAAUAUUGUUGCCACACACCAAAUUUUAAACGUUUUACAAUAUUGUAAUAAUACAAAAAUAGGUAUUUGAUCUGGUUUCCUGCCGUAGCGCGAUUAAGAUUUUAAUCCUACGUCUCCUCUGACGCUAGUUAUUAAAACGUUCAUAUGUUGAAUCUAUGAUAUACAUACAAUAUAUGUAAAUAAAGAGGAUGUUUGAUGUUAAAUACUGUAGUGAAAUUAGGUCGGAAGUUAUUAUCGGACCAAGUGCAGUCGGUCGGCAUAUGAAUUUGUUUUUAAAGAUUAUUAAUUAUUAUCUAAUACAUUUUCAUGUAUUAAUGAUUUUGUUCUUUUAAUUUAAAAAAAAAAAUUGUCUAUUAGUUUUAGGUGUAUACAAUUAAAUUUGUAUUAGACUUUUUUGUUGAUAAAAUUGUGUUUUACGUAUAUUUAAAUUAUAUAUAUGUUGAUGUGAAAAAAGGAUUUGGAACUAAUUAAUUGAAAUCCUCAUUUCUGAAGUGGGAUAUAAUAAACGCACAAAUAAGCAUUUCCUUUCGUUUGACCGAUCGACUUGAGGCACAUAUUGUGUACCUAUGUGUAAACACGAUUGUGAUUGCACACUUGUGAAUGCUGUAAAUUUAGACUAACAAAAGGGAAAUUUGGAAAAAAAUAUGUAUACUUACGCGAAAAAUGUCAUCAUGAUGAUUAAAUGAAAAUGGACUUCUAUUGCGCUAUAAUAUGCGCUGGAAUUUGUCCUUAUAUAAACAGUUCACGUCGCGUUCAUAGAUAAAGAUAGGAUCAACAUACUUGGAUCAGCAUUGUUGAUAUAUCAUCCUAUUUAUUCAUUCUAACUUGUACUUUUUUAUUUAACUGUCCUAGAACUUUUUUUUAAAUAAUAUUUUGUUUUUUCACUUCUAAAAUUAAAUCUCUCUCUCUGUCUCUAAUCUCGGUAUGUUCCCGGUAUCGUUCGGGGCUGUGACGCUGCGAAUCCCGCAGUCAGCGUAAAAAAUAUCCCUAAUUUUAAAAGAUUCGGUUGUAAUUUUACAGCCUGCUGGCUGCAUGUUUGAAUGAACUCCUAAAACUAAAAAGUUGUCCAAUGCGUGUGAAAACUCCCUUUUGUAGUCUAAAGCUGUAAAUAAAUACACAAUUUAGUAGAUUUAUUCAAGGUUCGUUAAAUUAGCUUUAGUGAAGACGCGGCAAUAAUAUAUUAAUUUAAUUUGUUACAUACAAUCGAUGAUAUUGACACCUGUGUUCUUAAUGUUACUCUAAAUUUGUAUACGUGAUAUGACACUGCCAUUUUUGUAAGACUUCGAAUUCAAUUAAUGAAGUUAGUAGAUAUAUUAGUUUAAAGUAUGUAUUAUGAUUUGCAAAUGGAAAAUAGGACUAGCAUGAACCUUAUUUUUUUUAAUAAAAAAUUAUGUUGGAUCCAAAAAAUAAAACAUUUACCUAUGUAUUUUUUCAAAACCGAAAACGUCAACUAAAAAAAAAAGUUAUUGUCUGUAAUGUCUUAGUGACAUCUUGUACAGUCAACAGCACAUCAAGUUACGAGUACCCUGCAUGAAACUCUAUGACGCGGUAAUAACGGGGAGUUUGCAAUGAAUUUGGGUAGGUUGAUGUGCUGUCGGCUAGACAUAAAAAAAACAACUUUUCAGGAGUUUCGGCUGGAUUAUUGACCAACAUCGAAACUAUGAGACCAAAACAAAAUUAUAAAAUCGAAGCUGGUUGAAACCAUACAUUUAUAUAAUUUUCCGUAUUCGUUGGUAAAUAUUAAUUAAAAGGUUCGUGCUAAUUGAUUUAUUUAUAUAAUGAGUUUAGUUAAUGAUUUUCGGUCGCUUGUUUUAGAUUUUUCCAACUAACCACGAAAUAUGUUCAACCAUAGAUUUAUUGUUUGUAUGUCUUAAAAUUAAACCAUUUAAAUUUUCAUAUAGUAGAACUAUAUAGAAAAGAACAGAUGGACGUUUCAAAAAUUAUUUAUGUGUAUUAAGUCUAUCCAUGUUGAUCAAAAUUCAAUAUUUGGGCAACGUAACAAGGUUUAAUUUUAUGAUAGGAAAUUACGAAAAUAAAAUCGUAGCUUAAAAAUAUUGUUAUGGGUAAUUAUGAUUACAUUUUCUAAUUAUGUAUAAUGCUUACUUAUUAUAUAUAAUUAUAUUUUUGAAUUACUAAUAAUUCAUUAAAGAAAUAUUAUUUUCAAGCCACGAUUUAAUUUUCUAUACUAUAUUAUCAUACCUACUUAUUUCAAACAUGUGCAUCUGUACCUAGAUAUAUAUCGAAAUAUUCCUACUCAAAUAAAAAGCGAAUGUAAAUAGAAUUAAACUAUUCAUAUCUUAGAAAUGUAUUGAAGUGAUAUAUGUUUGUUUCCCAAGGAAAUUAUUAAAGUUUAUAAUAUCGCGUUAACUAUUAGUGAAAUUGUAGAAAAUUUGAUAUUAAAUGAAGACAAUUUACAAUGGUAAUAUAGAUAAAAUUCUAUAACAAUUUAUACCAAAUUUGCUUAGGUAGGUACUACAUAAAUAUAAGUAUUACAUAUGUACACAAUUUCGACUUUGUACCUACUUGUUGAAAUAUGGUAGUUUUUAUUAAAAUUAAAUAGGUAUCUUUGCACAUUACAAAUUGUUUUGUAAAUUAUAUAUUUAAUAUAAAUAAUUGGUAAUGUGCACAUUAGCAAUAUGAGUUGAUUUUCCUGACCCUUUCAAGAAAGUACCUAAACAAAUGAGGUAUAAAAGCAGAUUGUUGUAUAUUAAAUAGACAUUCGCUAAUGUUAGUAUAAAUCUUUAAUCAAAUUAACCUACUCUUGGUAGGAAUAGAAAAUUAUAGAGAGGACUAAAUUUAUCUCAUAAAUUGUCUCAUUUAAGUCAAUUUUAGUGAUCUAGAGAUUCGAGUAUUUGAAUUUUUAGAUAGGAAAUGUGAAGAAUUAUUAAUAUUAUAUCCUUUUGCUUGUUGUUACUUAAUUUUAUGACAAUAUUUUGUUUCUUUUUUCUAUUUAUGAGUCGAUAGAUUUACGAGAAUAAUAGAAAAAAAAUUAUCGUCUUCCAUUAUGUAUGGGACUAGAUUUCUUUUCCUCGGUUUCACCAUAUCAAUAGAUUAUUUACGGAACUAAUUAAACCAAUCACAAGUUAUCCUGGAAGACAAUAAUAUUGGAUAAUAGCUGUUUAAGCAGAGAUACCUAAUUUCACGUUCAAAACAAUGAUUACGAAAGAGUAUUGAUGAUAUGAUAAGAAGUUUUUAAAUAAAAUUAUUUACUGCAUGACGACUUUGUUUUAAUUGUCAUGGCAUUAAUAUUUAUCAUAUUUAUGAUGUACCAUAAUGUACUUUU